AUGGACCUCCACCUCCACGUGUACCAGCUCAAAACGCUCAUCAAGAUCGUAAAGGGCGUCCUGGAGGCGGCGCUCAAAAGCAAAACCUACGAAACGGUGUAUAACCGGCUGGCGGUGGAGGAGGCCACGGCCGCCGUGCGGGGGGGCGCCGGCCUGCAGGGCGCCAGCCUGAGGGACAGCGACCAGGAGGACUGA